CAUCACUGACGUUAACAUGAAAAGUUUCCUUUAGAUUGUUUGUUGACGGUUUUAAGAGUGUUUUGUCUGGUCAGUUAUUUCGCAUCAUUUGUUUUUUUCGUUUUUUACGAACGAAAUAAUGGCAUUUCGUGCAUGUGGAAUUAGUAGGAGUAAUCUUAGAUGGAGUAGGUUAUUUUCAAGUAAAGACAUACAAAAGAAAUCCAACAUAGCAGAGCGCAAAAGUUUUCGAGAGAUUACACAAUCGCCAGAGGAAGCUAAGCAUCUGCAAGCUUUAAAAAGUCCAAUUACCGUAACUGAUGAGGACGUCGGUUAUGUAUCCGGUGUUCCCGAGGAGCAUAUCAAGACACGCAAAGUACGGAUAUAUCAACCUGCCAAGAGUGCUAUGCAAUCAGGAACGAACAACAUUCAAUUUUGGCAAAUGGACUUUGAUACUCGUGAACGCUGGGAGAAUCCAUUGAUGGGUUGGACUUCCAGUGGAGAUCCUAUGUCAAACAUGAAAGUUGAUUUUGCGACAAAAGACGAGGCGAUUGCACAUUGCAAGAAAAUGGGAUGGGAUUAUUAUGUGCAAAAGCCGAAUAUUAGUCUGCCGAAACCUCGUAGCUACGGUAGCAACUUCUCUUGGAAUAAACGUACCAGAGUUUCAACUAAAUAAUCCACUUGUUAAAGCUGUCGUAAUUGCAUGCAAAAGCAACGAUAAGUGCGUCGCUAAUUGUAAUUAUCUAAAAAAUUUCUGGAACAAAUAUGUAUUAUAAUGCCAAUAAAUGUAUAUAUAUUUA